UAAGAGAUUUGAGUCACUUGAAAUGGUCCUGUGAUACACUUGGAUGCCCUCACACGACAGAAGAAGGCAUGGAGACUGUGGAAGUGUUCACCACUGAAGAGAAAGGCAGGGGGCUGAAGGCAGCAAAGGAAUUUUGGGCAGGAGAUGUAAUUUUUGCAGAACGAGCCUAUGCUGCUGUAGUAUUUGACAGCCUCACCCACCUUGUCUGCCACACAUGCUUCAAACGGCACGAGAAACUCCAUCGCUGUGGCCAGUGCAAAUUUGCCCACUACUGUGACAGGACCUGCCAGAAGGAUGCCUGGGUCAACCACAAGAACGAGUGUGCUGCCAUCAAGAAGCAUGGGAAGGCACCCAACGAAAACAUCCGGUUGGCUGCUCGAAUCAUGUGGAGAAUAGAGAGAGAAGGAGGAGGCCUGACAGAGGGAUGCUUGGUCUCAAUUGACAGCCUGCAGAACCACGUGGAACAUUUUGGAGAGGAAGAGAAGAAGGAGAUGAGGAUUGACGUGGAAAGUUUCCUGGAGUUCUGGCCAACAGGGAGCAAGCAGUUUGGCAUGCAGUUUAUCUCUCACAUCCUUGGUGUGAUCAACUGCAACGGUUUCACUCUGAGUGAUCAAAGGGGGCUGCAAGCUGUUGGUGUUGGCAUCUUCCCUAACCUUUGUUUGGUGAAUCAUGACUGUUGGCCCAACUGUACUGUCAUCUUCAACAAUGGCAAUCAUGAGGCUGUAAGAUCAUUGUUCCACACCCAGAUGAGGAUAGAGCUGCGAGCACUGGGAAAGAUCUCUGUUGGGGAUGAGCUGACGGUUUCUUAUGUUGACUUCCUCAACGUCAGUGAAGAGAGGAGGCAGCAGUUGAAAAAGCAGUAUUAUUUUGACUGUACCUGUGAGCACUGCCAGAAAGGAAUCAAAGACGACCUGAUGUUGGCUGUGAAAGAUGGAGAAGGAAAGCCAUCUUCAGAUGUGGUGAAGGAAGUCAUCCAGUUCUCUAAGGACACUCUGGAAAAAAUCGAUAAAGCACGUUCCGAAGGGAUAUACCAUGAAGUUGUAAAGUUAUGCCGAGCGUGCUUGGCAAAGCAAGAGCCAGUGCUGGGCGACACCAAUAUCUACAUGCUUCGCAUCCUAAGCAUUUUGUCAGAAGUUCUCUCUUACCUCCAGCUCGUUGAGGAAGCAGCUGGUUACGCAAAACGGAUGGUGGAUGGUUACUUAAAACUUUAUCACCCAAACAAUGCACAGCUUGGAAUGGCCCUCAUGCGUGCAGGAGUGACACACUGGCAUGCUGGCCUCAUUGAAGCAGGGCACGGGAUGAUCUGUAAAGCCUACGCGAUUCUCCUUGUGACACAUGGCUCCACUCACCCAAUUACCAAAGAUUUAGAGGCUAUGCGUGUCCAGUCUGAGAUGGAGCUGCGCAUGUUCCAGCAGAAUGAAUUCAUGUACUACAAGAUGAGAGAGGCAGCUCUACAGAACCAACAGAUCCAGAUCAUGCCUGAGCCCACCAAUGAGAUUUCGCCUGGCAUCUUCCAGAAGAAGCAGUAAGAGGCCCCUUUGCUUCCCUGAAAGUGUCUUCUCAUAUUCCUGUUGCUGACGCAAUAUCAGCAUUUAUGGUUUUGAACAGAAUGAAGGUGACAAACCAAGGAACCUAGUGGUGGUUUCUGACUGCAGAUGGCUCCAGAAUGAGAUUGUUUUUCUAAAUGCUCAGCAUGCUGGUUUAGAAGUGUUUUAUAUAUAAAUCACCCAGCAGCCACCUAUAUCCACUAAUAAUUAUAAUUAAUAAAAUUGUUACAACCACCCAUACCUUCAAACACUGUGUUC